CUUGGACUCAAGGUGUUGCCUUUUAUCUCCGAAAAGACAGCUGUAUUCUAUUUCUACCUUUCUGCAAAGUUAAUUUUGGCUGUGGGGGGUAUUGCCCCACCAGGUUGGAGGGGAAGGCCCUUCUCUCUACCAAUCGACUCCUUGUUUUCCCCCAAAUCAUUCUGGGGGAGGGAAUUGAAUUGAAUGAUCAGCGACUCGUGAAGGAAACUCAGUUCAUCGACAAGGCUUUUACCAUGUGGACUUUCCUUGGCAUUGCCACUUUCACCUAUUUUUAUAAGAAAUGCGGGGACUUGGUAACUUACGCCAACAAGGAACUGCUGUUGUGCGGCCUGGGGUUCUUUUCACUGGGCCUGGCGCUCUCUUAUCGAUACCAUUAUCGGAAUGGAGGCUCCCUCAGGCAGAAGCAGGAGCAGUCCCAUUUUAGGCUCUUCUCCGACAUCCUCGCCGCCUUGCCCGUCGUUGGCUUUUUCUGGGCCAAACUGCCAUCCGGAUCGGAACACGGAGAGGAAUUAAAAUCCAGAAGGGGCGAAAGGGAAACCGAUGCUUCAGAGAGCGUCCCGUCCGGAGCUGCCGCCUCUCCGCCAGCGAUGCCUCAGUACGAUCCAGAAGUUAUCAUUGUAGGGUCAGGUGUGCUCGGGUCAGCUCUGGCUGCCGUGCUUUCCAGGGAUGGGAGGAAAGUGACCGUCAUUGAAAGGGAUCUAAAGGAGCCCGACAGGAUAGUCGGAGAACUGCUACAGCCUGGAGGUUACCAGGCCCUUAAAGAUUUGGGCCUCGAAGAUACAGUGGAAGGCCUCGAUGCUCACAUUGUAAAUGGCUACAUAAUCCACGAUGGAGGAAGCCGUUCAGAGGUUGAGAUUCCAUACCCGCUAUCCCAAGACAGCCAGGUGCAGAGCGGGCGAGCGUUUCAUCACGGUCGUUUCAUCAUGGGGCUCCGAAAGGCGGCCAUGGCAGAACCCAAUGCCAAGUUCAUUGAGGGGGUUGUGUUACAGCUGCUAGAGGAAGAUGACACUGUAGUAGGAGUUCAGUACAGGGAUAAAGAAACAGGAGACAUCCAGGAACUCCAUGCACCUCUCACAGUCGUUGCUGAUGGACUGUUCUCGAAAUUCAGGAAAAAUCUGAUCUCCAACCAAGUUUUUGUCACUUCCCAUUUUGUAGGCUGCAUUAUGAAGGAUGCCCCGCAGUUUAAAGCCAAUCACGCUGAACUCAUCUUAGCUAACCCCAGCCCAGUCCUCAUCUAUCAGAUUUCGUCCCGUGAAACCCGAGUACUUGUUGACAUUCGAGGGGAAAUGCCAAGAAACUUAAGAGACUACAUGGUGGAAAGAAUAUAUCCACAAUUACCUGAUCAUGUAAAAGAGCCGUUUCUUGUAUCAGUUCAGAACGAUCGCUUGAGGUCCAUGCCAGCCAGCUUCCUCCCUCCCUCACCAGUGAACAAGCGAGGAGUUCUUCUUUUGGGAGAUGCGUACAAUAUGAGACAUCCUCUGACUGGAGGAGGAAUGAGUGUUGUUUUGAAUGACAUAAAGAUCUGGAGAGGGCUGCUAAAAGGAAUUCCAGAUCUUUACGAGGACGCCGCGAUCCUCCAGGCCAAAAAAACCUUUUACUGGACAAGAAAAAAAUCUCAUUCGUUUGUAGUGAAUGUUCUUGCCCAGGCCCUUUACGAGCUUUUUGCUGCCACAGAUGAUUCCCUGCAUCAGCUGCGAAAGGCGUGCUUCCUUUACUUCAAGCUCGGAGGACAGUGUGUGGCCGGCCCGAUUGGGUUGCUCUCUGUACUGACUCCUAACCCGUUGGCUCUAAUCGGACACUUCUUUGCCGUUUCCCUGUAUGCUGUCUACUUCUGUUUUAAGUCAGAACCCUGGAUCACCAAACCAAGAGCCUUUUUCAGUAGCGGUGCUAUCCUUUACCGAGCUUGCGGUGUCUUAUUUCCUCUUAUUUACUCUGAAAUGAAGUACCUGAUUCAUUAAACUUGAAGUGGGACAGUUGAACGGAUACAAGGAACUCCCUGAGCCAUAAGAGACGUGUUGGGUGGGUGGGAAUACGUGCUACUGAAUACCGACUUUAAAAUGCAAAAAAACCAUGGAUCAGAAUGAAACUUAACUUGAUUUGAGGCUGUGUACAGACAGAUGUAAAGUACAUGCUUUACUUUGCAAGUAAAAUUAGAUAUGAGGGACAGCCGUUACAUAUGGUCAGAGUGCUCACGGAUUUUCUUAGGUUUAUUUGCUGGGAUGCACCAUUCCUGUUGGAAAUGCAAUUAAAAUGAAGACUUGAAUCUCUA